CGUAUUUUCAAACCCACCAACGAUUCCUUGGUUCAAGAAACCUACAAAGUGCCCACAUUUUUCCGUGCUUCCAUUGGAAAUUGGAAUCCUGGUGGUUUGACGUUUAUCCAGGCAAGAUCAUGCCACGAAAACGCCCCAUUCGAACGAGCGGCAACAGUCCCCAGCAUGUCGACGGGGAUCGGCUCGACCUCCACUACAAGCAUCCUGACGCCCUACGCUAGGGUAUGCAAUUAUCCCCGACCGCACAAAGUACCAAACCGACACAUUCGUGGAAGCACUACGUUUGUCGCGUUCAGUUCGACGUUCCUCGACCCGAUGCAGCGCUCAGAACCAACAACUUCCAGCGGUUUUGAUUUCAAUGCAUUCCACCGCUGGUUGCAUGGUGACGCCGCCCUCGUUUUUCCAUCGCGCCACGACAACCGCGCCGUCAACGCCGCCGCACUCGCCGUGAUGCACGUCAUGUCCUGGAUCGCGCCUGCGACAGUUGCCCGCCGUGGUUACAACCUGCGUGCAAACGGAAUGUGAAAACGCGACCGACAUUGGCUAGCACUGCUAGAACAGCCAUGGCUCGGUGGCCCCAUCGCAAGACGCCCUCUUUGGACGCCAUGCGCGGCGACAACACCGUCGUCGAGAUGUACACAAACGGUCAGCUACAACCCCGUCGUCGCAAGAUGCCGCACCAGGACAAUUAAUGCCCAGGCAUCCCCUCUAUGCUUUUUUUAUGUGUAGAUAAAAUGGCAAACGCGACAAAUCCAACCGACAAUGCCUUGGCUGCGACGAGCUCAAGGGUGGCCUGCGAGUUCUUUUGAAACACGUCGUUGACUGUGACGAGCACAAGGAAUGGCUGAACCGUUGUGCUCCAGUUGGCCUGCGAGUUCUUUUGGACAGGACGGCUGCGUUGAAUACACGGUCGGCCGGAAGACUGCGGAGAAUCGCAAGGCGUGCUUUGACGCGGGAAGUGGGCACAUCAUGGAUGUGUUUGUGGAACACGUCUUGGAGCGGCAGGUAGAUGCAAUCUUCGAGGACGGUGCGGAUGCCAAGAAUGGUUUCAAACGAAAUCAUCGAGUCGUCUUGGGUCGUUCCGUCGCUCGUGUUGAACAGCGGCCGGUGGGUGGCGACUGCUUGCUGCGUCAUCACGUCAAUAAAGUUCAGGAUCGUGCCAGCCGAGACCUCGUCGAAUUGUGCGCCGGCGGUUUGACAUUCAUUUAUUACCUCGCUUCCUCUUUAGGACUUCUUUUAACAAACAUGAAUAACUAAAACUACCUGUGUGACCAG